AGGUUGCUUUUAGACGCGUGACAGUCCUGACCAGGAGAUCCACACAGAUCCAUCACGAGUUCCUGGUUCCUUGGAGGAAGAGGUUGGAGUGAUCUUUCUGAACCAGUGCAUGAAGAAGAAGAAGGAGGAGAAGAAUCAGAGCUGCGUUCAUGUGCGAGCCGUGCCGCUUGGACUCUGAGUGCGUGUCUCCACCAUGCUACAUGAGCUGGGGGAUGGAGCCUACAAACUUCUACGACAGUAAGCUGACAGGGGACGGAAAAUGUCCCGAGGACAGCAUGAGCAUGAUCACGAAUCAGAGCAGCAGCAGCAGCAGCAGCAGCGUGGUGGAGCUGAGCAACGCGCCUGCCAUGUACGACGACGAGAGCGCGAUCGAUUUCAGCGCGUACAUCGACUCCAUGUCCACUGGGCCCAACUUCGAGCUGUGCAACGACGAGCUCUUCGCGGACCUCUUCAACAGCGCCGUGAAGCAGGAGAAGUCAGAAUUCUACCACCACCUGUCCGCCCUCAGCGCGCCCAAGGACUUCGCCAUCAAGCAGGAAACCGACUGGAGCGACAGCGACGCGCCGUCGUCCCUCCCGUCGCAGAUCGAGGCGUGCGCGCAGACGUCGGUCAGCAUCCAGACAGGACAGCCGACGCCCCCGAGCACGCCCGAGCCCUCUUCAUCCCCGAGCCCUGUGCGCAGGACUCUCAAGGAUAAGAGCAAGAAGGCAGUGGACAGGUUGAGUCCGGAAUACCGGCAGCGCCGAGAGCGGAAUAACAUCGCCGUGCGUAAAAGCAGGGACAAGGCAAAGCGGCGCAACCUGGAGAUGCAGCAGCAGCUCAUUAAGCUCAGCGCCGAGAACGAGCGCCUGCACAAGACCAUCGAUCAGCUCACACGCGAGCUCACGAGCCUCAGGCACGUCUUCAAACACCAAGACAACCGGUGAUCACCAUCAGCACCACCACCAUCGUGCGCCUUUUUCUUCUUCUUCUUCUUGAGAAAACAUACCUCAUAUGCACGACUCGGACACUGUGACUCUAACUACACGUGCAUCCCAUCAUCAAGUCAUCAGAACUGAACAUUCUGUGAAUAUUAUGUUGUUUUUUUUGGAUUCUAAAUUAUUACAGAAAAAAAAGUCAUAUAGAUAUAUAUAUAUUCCAUAAAAAUAUGGUACACGUUUUUAUAAUUCCAAAAAACUUUGUAUUCGAACAUUUUAUAUAAAGAAAAAAAACUGGAAUGUUGAUAGAAAUAAAAUGACAAGUUUCAGUAUCUA